UUCAGUGUACUAUUUUUGUAGACUCAUCCGGGAGAGUUGUCUGAAAGAGAGAGAGAAAAAAAAGUAACAUGUUCCCACUUCGAACUCAAAAUAUAUUGUGCUGGAUGUGAGAAUGUUCCCUACCAUGUGUUAUGUCCAAGAUGUAGUUAGUGUGAAUUCAUCAUUUAGGUAUAUAUUGUUGUCAUAAUGAUUUUAAUCCCGUCCCCACGUGGCUGAUUAAAUCUUGCCCACAGUUCUAUGAAAAUGACAUGACUUGGAGGAGAGACCGUUUAUCUGAAAGCACAACCAUGGCGAGGGCAAGAGAUGGUCCACCCAUUGAUGGGGGGUGGGGAUGGAUAGUUGUUAUAGCCUCAGGCCUUUCGGGAUUCUGUAUGGUAGGAAUAGCAAAGUCCUUUGGCAUUAUAGCUGAUGAACUCAAGGUGUACUUCGGUGUCCCUCAGUAUAUGGUUGCCAUGGUAUUCGCAGUGUCAGCAAUUCUUUACACCUUCGCAGCACCAAUCUCUAUGAUACUGGGUGAGCGUUUUACACAGCGCAAGACUGUGAUGUUUGCAGGAGUGAUAGGCUGCCUGGGAAUGGCGCUCAGCAGCCUCUGUGUUGACAUCAUCUACGUUAUCUGCACUUUUGGAAUAUGUUUUGGUAUUGGCAAUGGAUUUCUUUAUGGCAACACUCUUGUAAUGGUAGGAAAGUACUUCAAGAAGCGACGGUCUUUGGCAAGUGGUCUGACCCUAGCUGGGAGCAGUGUCGGACAGUUCGCACUGCCACCCUUGAUACAGUACUUCAUCAACACUUACACUGUGAAAGGAGCAUUGCUCUUGUUGGGAGGAAUAUAUUUCCACGUGACAUUCUUUGGCGCGCUUUUAAGACCGCUGUCAUCAUACAGACCCCAGAAGAACGCCAAAGACGUUGAAUUAGCCAAUGGGGAAGUAGGAGAAAAUAGGACGUUGGAUUUGACGGUAACCAUCGAGCCGAGCGCUUGUGCCAAGGGCGUUAAUCGAGAGGAUCUUUGUUGUGGCGAGGUAAAGUCAGUUGAAAAGGAGAACAGCGCUGAUAAUAGUGACUGCGAAAAACUACAGUCAACAUCCCUUUUAGAAUUGCCCAUUAAUGACGCUGACACUCCAAACGGCCUGUCAAAACCUUGCUGCACUUCCGGUUGUACCAUUCCGAAAUUCCUAGACUUUUCAGUGCUGAAAAACAGAAAAUGUCUUCUGUAUUCUUUUGUUAUGUUUUUCAUGUUUUUCGGCUAUUUCAACUUCAUUAUAUUCUUGCCGAGCAUUGCCUUCACACGCGGUAUCGUUGAGUACCAGAAGGCGGCUCUGGUGUCCGUCGGUGGCGUGUCGGACUUGGUCGCCAGGAUCUUGUGUGGAUUCGUCUCAGACCUGAACAUUGUCCAACGGUACAAAAUCAUGAGCGUCUGUAGUGUGCUGGUCGGUGUCAACAUUCUCCUCUUCGCUUGGUCUCAGACAUUCUGGCAGAUGGCCGUACAAAGCGGUGCCUACGGCUUCUUUGGAGGGGGUUACAUCAUGCUGGUUCCGCUUGUCCUUAUUGACUUCGUGGGGCUGGACUUACUGCCUCGAGCUCUAGCGCCAGUUCUCUUCCUGCAAGGUUCUGGGGCAGCCGUUGGGCAGGUUUUUUUAGGCUGGAUCCGUGACAUCACUGGUGACUUCACAGCAGUUCUUAUGGUUUGUGGUAUCUGUAAUCUGAUUGGUGGGCUUUCAAUCCUGCUCUACCCACUGGUCAAGAAAUGGGAAGAGGAAAGAAUCAGCGAAAAGAAUAAAGAUUUGGCCAACCAUCCACCUUCUGACAAAGAAGCGACAUCGACGAAUCAGAUUGUUUCGUGAGUGAGUAUAGGAAGAGGUUUGCCAGUAUUUUAGGAAUGACUUUCGAGAGACCAAUGACGUCAUGUACUAGAAUUUUACCCCAGCCGGCAAGGUACAGGCAUUAAGCCUGGCGGUAGUUUGCGAAGAGUGGUCGUUUAUUCCUACCACAAACCUGGCAGCUGGCAUACAUGUAUAAAUGAGUACCGCGUUACACCUGUGAAAUAAUAUUUUGAUUCAUUUCAGUGGGAUGAAAUGAUACAAGGUGUAAAUACUUUAUAGUAAUGUGAUAUCGUAAUUUUGUUAUAUAAUACGUAGAACAUUUCAGUAUGAUUUUGGUUUCUUUUGGCUGCCUUACAAAUGCAUGUAGCAAUCUGUGUU